CCCAACCGCAACUCCGCAAGUUGCAUAUCAUGCAACGGAAUUAUAAAAACGGAAGUUUCUGGAAACAACUUUACAAACACUUCUCUCUAUUUCUUUCGUUCUAGAGACGUCCAUUCAUAAAGUAUCAUAACCUUCCCUAUUUGUGAAUUGUGAUACCCCAUUUUCUCUCUCCUACUAACUACUCUUCUCUUCCUCCAUUAUUGCUCUACAUCAUCAUCCAUUACCAUCAUCAUCUGCAAGCUUUUACUCGCAUUAGGAUGUCGGAAUUCGAAAAUGUUAUCACUGGAAAGUUGAGGUUAAAGGGCAAAGCGCUUGAUGUGAAAGCGGGUGGGAUUAUGAAGAAAAAGAAACAUAAAAAGCAUUAUCAACAUUUUUUCACUGAAAAUAACUCUUCAGGUAUUGUAGAGAGGAGGAAUACUGAGAACAAUGCGCACGGUGGUUAUGAAGUGGCUACUAAAUAUGAUGAACGACUCACACCAGCUGAGAGACGGUACCUAGAGCAGUGGAAGCAACUUGAAGCGAGACGGCUGCUCAAGAGUGCUAAGGAUUCACACCGAGAUAGAGUUCAAAAAUUUAAUGAGUAUCUGGCAAACUUAAGUGAGCACUAUGAUAUUCCAAAAGUAGGACCUGGUUAAGUUGUGUAUCUAACAUGGUCUAGAAUUCUAUUGAUCAUUAUUAUUUGAUUUCGAAAACUGAUAGGUCUGAUCAAGAUUUUGAUGGCAGGAUACAAAAUCCUGCCAUAUGCAUCUUUCUAAAAAAUCAAGUCCAGAUUUUGUACUAGACAGUGGACAUGUUGAAAAGGUGUAGCCAAUUGUUGUUAGCCUUGUGAUAGAUAGUGGUAGAAUAUCCUGUGUUAAAGCCUUAGUGGACACUUUUCACAUUAUUUGUCCUAUUUCUGCUCAUCAUUCUGUUAUUUUUGGCGGUAAAUCUAGUUGAUUACAUACUA